GUGAUAAUGAUGUUCAAGGUCAUAAAAAGAAACAAGAAGCAGUUGUAUCUUCAUCUUCACAAGUAAUUGAUGAACUUUUAAAUAAUUCUGAUGAUUUACAAGGUAAUGAUUACUUUUACGAUUAUGAAACUGCAAGUCUUGAUGGACUAUCUUGA